AAAUUUAGGGGGAACUGGAAGCAGAAGCAAACCUAGAACUCAGGGAAGAUACAGGCUUUGCUUUGGCUGUCCAAAACUUUAGAGCUUUAUUAUUCAGAAAAACCAUAGACCUUUCCUCCCAAUAACCAAAAAUGGAGUUGAACGUAUCUUCUAGGGUUUUGGGGAACAAUAAAGUCCGUUUCUUUAGCUCUAUUCCAACUACAAGAUACCAAAAUUCAGUAAACCCGUCAAGUUUAUCGGACACUAGUUAUCAUCAUCAUCGAUUCUCAAAUGCUUCUUUUCAGAUUUCCUCUAGACUUUCUAGCAAGGAUUUGAAUAUCAAUAAGGUGGUGAAGAUGCCUAGUCAUGAUUCUAGGGAGUUUGAGCUAUCGACCUUAACGGCACUAUCUCCUUUGGAUGGUCGUUAUUGGGGUAAAGUAAAAGACUUAGCUCCAUACAUGAGCGAGUAUGGAUUAAUCCGGUUUCGGGUUUUGGUUGAGAUCAAAUGGUUGCUGAAGCUUUCACAAAUUCCUGAAGUCGCAGAAAUUUCCAAACUUCAGUGAAGAAGCUCGCUCUACUUGCAAGGUGUGGUUGAUGGAUUUGGUAUAGAUGACGCUUUGGAAAUCAAAAAGAUUGAGAGGGUCACCAACCAUGAUGUAAAAGCAGUUGAGUAUUUCUUGAAACAGAAAUGUCAGUCACAUCCAGAGGUGCUAAGGUACUUGAAUUUUUCCCAUUUUGCUUGCACAUCUGAAGACAUCAACAAUCUUGCCCAUGCGUUGAUGCUGAAAGAAUCGUUCAAUGAGGUUAUGUUUCCCGUCAUGGAUGAACUGAUUCAGGCCAUAUGCAAUAUGGCCAAGGCUAAUGCAGAUAUUCCCAUGCUUUCACGCACUCAUGGGCAGCCAGCUUCACCUACGACGUUGGGGAAGGAAAUGGCAAUUUUUGCUUUCAGGUUAAGUAGAGAAAGAAAAGACAUUAAUCAAGUUGAGAUAAUGGGAAAAUUUGCUGGUGCGGUGGGGAAUUACAAUGCACAUCUUGUUUCAUAUCCAAAUGUUAACUGGCCUCGGAUUGCAGAAGAGUUUGUUCAUUCUCUUGGAUUGAGUUUCAAUCCCUAUGUUACUCAGAUUGAAACUCAUGACUACAUGGCCAAGCUUUUCAAUGCAGUUACCCGGUUUAACAAUAUAUUGAUUGAUUUUGAUAGAGAUAUAUGGAGUUAUAUAUCCUUCGGUUACUUCAAGCAGACAACUAAGGCUGGUGAGAUUGGAUCAUCAACAAUGCCUCAUAAAGUAAACCCUAUUGAUUUCGAAAAUAGUGAGGGCAAUCUUGGUAAAGCAAAUGCAGAUCUCUCCUACCUGAGCAUGAAGUUACCUGUUUCACGGUGGCAGCGAGAUUUGACUGACUCGACUGUUUUGAGGAACAUGGGUGGAGUAUUAGGACACUCUCUUCUCGCCUAUAGAAGUGCGUUACAGGGUAUAGGAAAGCUUCAGGUCAAUGAAGCUCGCAUAAUCGAAGACUUGAACCAGGCAUGGGAGGUCCUUGCUGAACCAAUACAGACUGUUAUGCGGAGAUAUGGAGUUCCAGAGCCUUAUGAGAAGCUAAAGGAGCUAACAAGGGGCAGAGCGGUUACAAAAGAAAGUAUAAGAGAAUUUAUAGAAGGGCUUGAAUUACCCAAAGAAGCAAAGAGCAGUCUUCUGAAUUUAACACCUCAUACCUACAUUGGAGCUGCCAGUGAGUUAGCUAGUUAUGUAGAUGCAGCUGUGAGUUUGUGAAUGAGAAAUUGGGAGUUGAGAAAUUUUGUAGCCAACAAGCACAGAACUUGUGCUGAUAGUGUUGUAAUAAUCUUUAUGGUGUAUAAUACACAAGUGAUUGAAUAUUAUUA